AUGAUGCACACUGAAGAUACAUAUGCACUUAUCCCAAUGGAAAUCAGAAGACUAUUGAAGGACUUCCUGGAUAAUUACACACCAAGCAGACUGUCACCUGCAAGCACUCAUUCCCCAAAGAAUUCAAAUAAUUUGGCUUCUUUCCUGCUCCCAAUGGCCUUCAACAAAACAAUCCCCAUGCAUGCCAGGAUGGUCAUCCUGCAGUCAUACAGGUACACAAUGAAUAUGCCAUCUGUGCCACAAGAAUUUGUCUCAAAUGUAAUAGAGUCAAUUAGAUCAGAGACAUGCCCAAACUGGAUAAAUGAAGUACUCACCAUAUGCCUUGCAUUCUGUGUUGAAACCCCACAGUCUCAGAGUAAAUUUCAAUGCAAGAAAUUCUUCAAAUCCAUACAAGCCGCAUAUCCACUUGCACAGUACAAGGCAGGCAUGCUGCUUGUCAAUAUUAUCAACCAGGAACUAUCUGAAUACUUUGAUAGAGACUUUUUCACAAGAGACCUUCUAGAGUCAAGUUUCGGAAUAAUUAAGAAUAAUUUAGCUGUACUAAUGGCAUACGCUGCAGGCUACAAGAGAAUCAAAGAAUCAAAAGAGAGUGAAUUAUCCAAACAAAAAGAUGCAGGGUUAUUUACAGCUGCAGAGUCAGAGAUUGACUUCAUUUUCAUGUGGCUUGCAAGAUCAGAUAAAUCUGCACUUGUCUUCCCUGCACUCAUUUUCCUGACUGAAUCCGCAACUGAAGCGAUGCAAUCAAUGGAAAGAAAAUUAACCUUCUCAAUGAUCAUCCGGAAGGAAAUGAAUUUAAUUGCAGCAGACCCAGAGAACUCAGUUAUUUACCUUAGGCUGAACCACUUUCUAGAGAAAAUGCUUAGUCUCUCAAAUAAGUGCAAACACAUAACUGCAGAACUAGAAUACAUAGAUGUACUUAUGCACAGGAUAGAGACAGAAUUAAGCCAAGAAAUAUUCUCAGCAGAGACAUAUUCUUCUCUUGCAGUUUUAAAAGUACUUGCAAGAACGCAAAUAAUAACCGUAAAUUAUCUCUCAUCAAACAGAAUGGAGAAUUUACUUGAGAAGAUCAUAGUACUCGCGUAUACACAAUACAUUGAGAACCCGUACGAAGAAUUAUCCCUUUGCAUUAAUGAAUUAUUUUUGUAUCUAGGGAACUUAGUGGUUUACAACCAAAAUUGGAAGGAAGCAGCAAUAACCCGAAUUAUGCCCCAUAUAAGAAAGUACUUCUACGUUAUAGAGUGCAAAGAGAGUCUAUUAAAGUUCCUGCAAGAUAUUCUAUUUGAGUGCACACCCAGUGUAUCACGUGCAUUAUUCCCAUCUAUUCAGAUUGAUGAGAUAAGAGGGAAAGCAGUCACCUUAAAGCACAAGAUACUUUUCAUGUCGAUCCUUAAGAAUCUCCUUGCGAAUGCGCAUAACUCAGAGAAAGUUGAAAUUUUAGUGGAAAGUGCCUUGGUAGAAGUGGCUAUAAUAAUAGACACUACAAUUAAGCCAAUAAUCACAGCAAGUGAUGAGCAAAAAGUACUUUUAUCCAAGUUAUGCCAGGAAAUUCUUCUGAUAAUCGCGAAUAUAGUGAUUAUAUCACCACUCCAUGGAGUGAAACAUGAAAUAAUCAAAACUGCAAUUUAUGUAUUCAAGCAAGCAGGGACACACGAUGCAUUCCUGGCCUUCCUGGCGUACUUAACAAAUACAGCAUAUAUACCAAACUUACCACAAAACUCCCCAAAUCACAUGAAAAUAUCCCAGAUGGAAAUCACAAAGAAGUCAGCCACAGAGUGGAGUGGAUUUACAAAUAUCCCAUUAGAAACAAUAAAUACUAUAAUGGGGAUCCUUAAAGAAUGGAUAGGAAAGGACACAGUAAUUGACUUUAAAAUAAAGAGUUUCCUAGGGAAAAUAAGAAGCACAAAGAAUAAAUAA